AUGAUUGACAUCUUGAAUAUCGGAGGCGAGCCGAUCUUUGACGAUCGUAUCGUCAAGAUUGAGACUCAUACGUACAAUCCAUACGCCAACACAACGCUUGAAUAUAGCGACGAGAUACGGAUACCGAUACAACAUCAAGAUUUGUACACGUUACCAUGUGAAAGUUUUCUAUACGUCGAGGGAAAGUUGAGGGUGCGUAAAGUAGCUGAAGGGGGAAGAGUGGUAUUAAGAAACAAUUGUAUCGCGUUUAUGCUCGAUGAACUUCGAUAUGAACUCAACGGUGUGGAGAUUGACCGCAACAGAAACGUUGGAAUAACUUCCACGAUUAAAAACUAUGUCUCUCUAACAACCGAGAAAGGUAAAAUCUUGGAGAAUGCUGCGUGGAAUAUGUCGCAUAAUGCUGCUGAAGCUUACUUCAAUUUUUGCGUGCCGCUAAACAUACUACUGGGUUUUUGCGAAGAUUAUAAGCGAGUUGUGAUUAACGCUCGUCACGAAUUAUUUCUGAUAUGUUCGCGCAACGACAACAAUUGCAUAUUUGGAAAUGCUUCGACUGAAGCUGAUAUCGAAUUAUUCAAGAUACAAUGGCGUAUGCCUCAUGUAAUAUUGAACGAGAUCAAUAAACUAUUCUUGCUACGCGCGUUGGGAAGCGGGCGAUACUUGAAUAUGAGUUUUCGCUCUUGGGAUCUAUACGAAUUUCCUCUAUUGCAUAAUACGACCAAGCAUUCGUGGACCGUGAAAGCCGCCUCUCAGCUGGAGAAGCCGAGAUACGUGAUCUUUGCGCUGCAGAUUGGCAGAAAAAAUGCUGUGUCAAAAGAUAUUACUACAUUCGACGACUGCAAAUUGACCAACGUUAAACUCUAUCUAAACUCGAAAUUUUAUCCCUAUGAUGAUUUGAAUUUAGAUUUCGAUAAAAAUAGAUUCGCCCUCUUAUUCGAUAUGUACUCUCGUUUUCGCGAAUCUUAUUACGGAUGUGAUAAUGAUGAUGUGCUAUUAAACAUUUCAAAAUUUCUACAUUGCGGUCCUCUCGCGGUUAUCGAUUGCUCGCGACAAAACGAGUCUGUCAAAAAUUCCACCGUGGACGUGAGAUUAGAGUUUGAGUGCAAGGAGGAUAUACCAGCAAAUACCACCGCCUAUUGUCUCAUCUUGCACAAUCGCGUUGUUGAAUAUUGCCCAUUGACCAACGUAGUUCGUAAAAUUACCUAA